CUCCUGACUCGCAGCGUGUUCCGUCUUCCGAUCAGGCCGUGCCCUCGACUAAUUCGUGACUUUUGAAGGCACCUGCGUCAGCGGCAAAGUGAAGUGAUACUGCGUACUUUCCACCCCAGGAUGUCACCUUCGUUUUUUGAUCACUGGAGGGACAAAUUUUUCGUGGCAGUUCGGAUCCAGCGAUCUGCGACGGGGCUAAUCGACCUUUAAAUCGAGUGCCGUGGAAUCGAUUCAAAGGAGGUACAACGAGACCCUGAAUCACCGAUCGACCUCAACAGCACUCGUCUCUGGAAUGUAAUUUUGGGCCGGGUGUAGCGAAUUCGAAAUUCUCGAAUAUCCGAAAACAGCCCUGUGGGUCCCACAUCCCGUGAGGCGGAGUCGUUAAAUCUGGAAGAGUCCCAUCUGGAGGCCACAUGGGAGUCGAAAGUGGGACUCGGCGAGUCUCGAUUUCUCGCAGCUUUGUCCGGCGUUGAGGCCGCCGUGGGUGGUUCGAGUGCUCGGCGAGGGCGCCGAACGAUGAGGAAGUCCUUGUUCUGGAGCGGUCCGAGAACGAUGCCGAAGUCCGCAGGAGCCGGGAGCCGCCAAAAGUCGCGGAGAUGUCAAUCGGAGAGGUGACGGCUGACCCGGAAAUGCGAAAGAAGCGGGGUCCACGGAGCGCCCUGCUCGGCCUGGUUCUGGGCUUCGUCGGAGGUUUUCUCGUCGCUAAUUUCCGGCUGGUGAUACCACUGGACAAGGUCCGACCCUCGAACGACUCGUUCUGCCCCGGAGCACCGAGCCGCCAUCAUCAACGCGUCACCUUGGAUUACCGGGCGAAGCUGGAACCGAUGGACAUAGUGAAACUCCCGAAGGAGGACAACGUCAGUAACAGUGCAACGAAUCUGCUCUUCGUCGGGGUGAUGACCGCCCGGAAGUACCUCGACACCAGAGCCAAGGCGGUUUUCGAAACCUGGGGAUCGGAGCUGCCCGGUAAAAUUGCCUUCUUUUCAUCGGAGACCUCGACCGCUCCGGACAACUGCCCCGACCUUCCACUCGUCGCGCUUCCCAACGUCGACGACAGCUAUCCUCCCCAGAAGAAGUCCUUCCUGAUGCUGCAGUACAUGUGGCAGCACUUCGGCGACAAGUUCGAGUGGUUCCUAAGGGCCGACGACGACGUCUACGUCAGGUCCGAUCGUCUCGAGAAGCUGCUCAGGUCCGUAGACUCGAGACUACCAAGGUACAUCGGACAGGCGGGAAGAGGGAACUCCGAAGAGUUCGGACUCCUCUCCCUCGAGUACGAUGAAAACUUCUGCAUGGGCGGGCCGGGAGUCGUUCUCUCCAGGGAGACCCUGAAGCGAGUCGUUCCGCACAUCAGAUAUUGCCUCAAAAAUCUGUACACCACCCACGAGGACGUCGAACUUGGAAGGUGCGUCCAGAAGUACGCCGGCAUUCCGUGCACCUGGAGCUACGAGGGAUGUUCAGAGAUGCAGUCUAUUCUCUAUCACAACAGUAGCGGGGAUCAAGCCUUCACCGGUAAUCUGAAACGCAAAGAGGUUCACAGAGCGAUUACUCUACAUCCGGUAAAAAGUCCGCCGUACAUGUACAGACUUCACAAUUAUAUGAGGGGUCUACGUAUACAAGAACUGCAACACCUGAAGGUUCAGCUGCACAGAGACAUACAGUCGAUGAUGGCGGAGCUUCACGUGGAUCGUGAGAAAAUCCAGGAAUACAGUUUAUCAAAAAACGUUCCUCUGUUUCCUGAAAAACCAGGUAGCGAUCAGUACCUCGGGGACAACAAGGUCCUGGGUGUUCCAGCUGGACUACGGGCGUUUAGGCCGAAGAAAACGAGCGAGGUGAUUCCGUGGGACUUCCUCUCGAAGUCCGAGUACAGUCUGACUGACGCCAAUCCUCGGCGAAGAAUCCACAGCGACGUCAAGGAGGGCCUGGAGGACAUAACCAGGGAGGUGAUGGCCUCCAUAAACGCCUGCUCGAGGCAGAGGGGCCGAGUUGUAGAGGAACGCUCGAUUCUCUACGGGUACAGGAGAGUCGACGCUUAUGGCGCGGAUACGGUUCUCGAUAUUCUACUUGUAUACCGCAAGUACCGUGGAAGAAAAGUAACGCUUCCGGUUCGCAGACACGUCUACGUCCACCAGCACUUUACAGGUUUGGAAAUACGAGAGGUGGUCGACGGAGUUGAAGCUGAAUCGAAGACGCACCGUGACCGGGAAGCGAACUCCAUCCAGAGCGUCUUGCGGAAUAGUUUUUUGAGUAUGAACUUCAAUGCGAAAGAAAGCUUCGACCCCAUCGAGAGUAAAGUGAUCCAUUUCAUUCUCCCGCUGUCCGGACGCCUCGCGACGUUUCGGAGGUUUAUCAGUGUUUACGAAGACGUUUGUUUGGUGGGUAAAGGCGAAAGGACGGAACUGACGAUAAUCCUGUUCCCGCACAGGGUUGAAGGGUCCUUCAACGAGUCUACAUCUCUAGUUAAUAACCUAAAAUAUAAGUAUCCGAGUGCAGUGAUCGCCGUCGUUCCAUCGUACAAAAACUUUUCGAGAGCGGUAGCUCUGGAGAUCGGUGUAUCCAGGCACAAGGACGACGAUCUCCUGUUCUUCGUCGACGUGGACAUCGUCUUCACGAGUUCAGCCCUUCGCAGAAUACGGCUGAACACGAUUAUGAACAGACAAGUGUACUUUCCGAUAGUAUUCAGCCAAUUCGAUCCUAAGAUUGUCUACGCUGACGGUAAACUCCGGGAGACCGAUCUGAUCACGAACUCGAACGGCUACUGGCGAGAAUACGGCUUCGGCAUAGCGUCCCUUUACAAAAAGGAUUUCCGGCUCGUCGGUGGUUUCGACCUAUCGAUUCAAGGGUGGGGAAAGGAGGACGUCGAUCUUUUCGAGAAGGCGGUUCGCUCGAACCUGACGACCUUCAGGGCCGUUGAUCCGCACCUCGUCCAUGUCUUCCACGACGUCGAAUGUGAUCCUAGCCUCUCGGGACCUCAGCUUACGAUGUGCGAAGGAUCCAGAGCCGACACUUACGCCGGGUUGAAUCAACUGGCCGAUACGAUUUACGGCCAUCCUGAAUACUUGAGAUACGCAAAGGCAUUGCGCACACGGACGAGCACUCCGGCUGCCUGAUAAUCAAAACCUCAUGAUGCGUCAGGGCAGGGUUAAAGUUAAGCAGCCUCCACCUGUGAUCCCGGAACGAGUUAUAGGACGAUAUUUACAUGCUUGAAAAUUAAAAUUACUCCGCGUAAUCGUGCACCAAAGUGCAGAAAGUCGGCAAUACCGAUUCAAUCGUAUUAGCGGUACCAAAAAUUUUUUUAAACGUACGGUCGGCGUAACGAGACCGUUUUUAUAUUAAUUAAGUCCUAGAAACAACGAGUUUAUAAAAGUAAAUAACAAAACUGAUUCAAUGCGCGUGAACGAAUUAGUUUUUAGGGAACGAAUUAUUAUCGUGAUUCACACAAUGACUUUCUUCUCUAUAAGUCGAUGCAUUGAAAACUGGUUGACAGAAAAAUUCGUAUCAAAAUGGUUCAGAAUAAGUAUUCGAAGUGUAUUGUACACUGUGCUGAAUAUGCGUAUAUAAUUUUCUAACCGCAUAAAACCCCUGUGCAAAUGUAUUUUCAAGAUAUGCGCAACUCGUUUCGAAUAAUAAAUCGGAAGUGUACCAAUUUUUUGGUAUUAAACAAUGAAACUGUUACUAACACUCGUGUGAGGUGCAAAUAGCUGGCUAGAUAACUGCAUUUAUUUUUAAAACACUUUACAAUUUCUCUGGUUCAUUACAUGCCCACAAACUCUCGAUGCUCGCAUGUGUGAAUGUAGGUACAUCGAUUUCAUUGCCGAAAUUGACUAUUUUGAACAGUCAUAAAAUUAGAAAACCGUGUGAAGAUAAAAUAAAUGCUGUGCGCUUUGCUGUUAUAUGUAUAUUUCCGAAAAACUGUGUACCAAAUGAGUCGGAACCAAAAUGCUGAAUUGAUAUAAAAUAUUCACUCACAUAUAAUAUGAAUAACGUUUAAUUUUAUAUUUUAUAUGUUAUAAAUGUGAUAUAUCGUGCCUUGUGUAAAAAACUAGCACUAUUUUUUGCGGUUUUUGCCCCUCCUUAUGUAUUCUGUGUAAAUAUAAUCAGUUUAUCUCAUAUUCUCAGCGUCGUAGUUUGCUACAGUCUAUAUAGUAUAUAAUUUGCGAUAACUGGAGGGGAAUACCAGAUUUAAUGCGUAUGUUUAAUGAGAUUUAUGUUCGCUUGCCAGAAAAACAAUAACGUGUAACAUGUCGUCUCACGCAUACAUUAUAUCAUUAGGCUAUAUACGUACAAUUUCAUAUCCAAAAUAUAAAGGGAGAUAAACUUAAAAGCAUUUACGUGUAAUAAAUGUACUAUACACGCUAAUUCUACAAGUAUAGCGCAUAAAUUAUUGCAACAAUAAUUUACGUUACUUUUGAUAAAAAUGAAUCUCUAUCAGGUUAAUUUUAUUCCAAACAACAACGUAUAGUUAGGAUAUUUAUAAAAUAUAUAUACCUAGGUACUUGGAUAGUUGAGUAUAUCAAUAUAUUGUAAUUUUUCGUUCAAGAGAUUCAAAAAUGACGUACCCAACAUAUUAAUAUUUCAAACUGGCUUAUAUUUUAGGAUCACG